AUGUUUAGUCCAAAACCCUCUUCGUUUCGUUCUUUACAUUUCAAGCUGCAGUCUUUCUGUCGAAGAUUCAGCCCCGUUCGUUCCCUUCACUAUGAAGACACUGUUAAGAACAUGCGACUUAUUAAGGAAACUCGAGUGAUUUGUCAGGGUUUUACCGGGAAACAAGGUACUUUCCAUUCAAAACAAGCGAUUGAAUAUGGUACAAACAUGGUUGGUGGUGUUUCUCCCGGAAAGGGUGGCAAGACUCACCUGGGAUUGCCUAUAUUCAACAAUGCCGUCCGUGAGGUGAAACCGGACGCAUCUGUAAUUUAUGUGCCUCCACCGUUUGCUGCUGCUGCUAUUAUAGAGAGUAUAGAAGCCGAAGUGCCUUUAGUGGUUACCAUCACCGAAGGCAUUCCCCAGAAAGACAUGGUCAAGGUUGUAAAAGUCCUAAAAUCUCAAAACAAGACUCGUCUCAUUGGCCCAAAUUGUCCGGGUAUCAUUGCGCCUGGUGCAUGCAAAAUCGGUAUUAUGCCUGGACAUAUUCAUAAAGUUGGUAAGGUAGGCAUCGUCUCACGGUCUGGCACUUUGACAUAUGAGGCUGUCAAUCAGACAACUGAAGUGAACCUUGGGCAAACAUUAUGUGUUGGAAUUGGCGGUGAUCCAUUUAAUGGCACCAAUUUUGUGGACUGUUUGAAAUUAUUUUUAGAAGAUGAGGAUACGAAAGGCAUCCUGUUGAUUGGAGAAAUUGGAGGGUCGGCUGAAGAAGAAGCUGCCGAAUUUCUUAAACAAUACAACCUUACGCGUGAUCAACCGAAACCAGUGGUCUCAUUUAUUGCUGGUUUGUCCGCACCACCCGGUCGUCGAAUGGGUCAUGCUGGUGCUAUCAUUUCUGGAGGAAAGGGAAGCGCCACUGAUAAAAUCAAAGCUUUGGAGGAUGCAGGUGUAACAGUAUCAAGGAGUCCUGCAAAGAUGGGCGUUAUUCUAAAAGAGAAAAUGGAAAAGGCAGGGUUGGCCUAG